UGUGAGUGUGAAUUGAGAGAGUUAAACGCCUGUAGACUCAAUGAUGACCGCAGUACAGUGAAUUGAGCGCAGUGAUCAUCGAGUGAGGAACUGAUUCAUAUUUUCUACAUUUUAUACGGAGGUCUCCCCCCCCCCCCCCCUUCCUUUCUCCCCAGCCUCCCACCAACCUUCCCUCCCUCCUCUCUCUCUCUCUCCUUUUUCUCACUUGGAGCUGCGGCGUCUCCGCUUGUUGCUGGACUUAGUGAAAUUUUUCCAGGCUGUGCAAACUUAAGGACAAAUCGGUAACGUUUCUUUUUUAACUGGAUUGAAGAGUCAGCCUUUUGCUCAGGUGUGGGGCCUUCCAACUCUUGGGCAAACAGUCGUCAUUGCAGCAUCAGCUCCCGCCCUCUUUUGUUCUGAAGAUCUCAGGAAGUCUCUUCCCCCCCCCCACCCCCCACCCCCCCAGCUCCCCACCCCAGCCAAACGAAAAGAGCAAUGAGCAACAGCGGGGCAAGAGAGGGACCAUCCAGACAGGCCGCAGCAGCUGCCAAACAGCCUGCUCCAGCAGCUGAACCCGUGAGGAGAGGACGAGGAAGGCCCAAGAAGCAGCCUCAAGAACCUACUGGACCUCCUACUCCUAAACGACCUCGAGGAAGACCGAUAGGCAGCAAGAACAAGGAACCGCGAGCAGUCCGAAAGAAAGCAGAGCCACCUAGAGUGAAACGGCCUAGAGGGAGACCGAGAAAAUGGCCUCAACGAACACAACAGGAAGAAGAAGAAGCACCUCAGCAGGAGGCGACUGCAGAAGGACCAGAGGAGCCCUCAACUUCAGGAGGCAAAUGAGCACCUCACAGUAAAAUUCUACCUCAUUGGCUGGGCAGCCGCUGUCUAGCAAGCCAUGAAGAUUGCAACAACAGAAAAAGAAAAGUUUUUAAACAUUUUUUUUGUUUUUUUUAAUUAUAAGUUUCCUUCUGCCUCAACUGUGCCACUGCCAUGUUGGACAGCAACCUCAAAAACCAACAUAAAGCCUUUGCCAAGUGCCAACAUUGGUGCCUUGGGAAGGAAACUAAGUGGGUUUCAUAUACUUAAGAAAAUGAAUAAGCACCAGUUUACAUCUUCUUUAAUGUGGGCACAGGGUCUUCCUUUCCUUUAAGAAAAUACAUAUUUAAAAUGGUUACCGGACAACAUUCGUUAGCUGUGUUGACAGGUGUCAUUGGGAUAUCUAUGCCUCCAUUUUGCUUUUUGGAAUUGCAUGUGCCUUAACCAAAGGACUUGUCGGUAUCUCACUGCAAAGUGAGGCAUGUUGCCGAAGAGCUUCAACUUGCACUCAUCAGGAUAUCCACAAGAAUGCCACUUUCUAAGGCUCUGUAAACAGAAGAAAUAUGUUCAAGCCCAGAAACCUUUUUAUUUGAAUGAGCUGGGAGCCUAGACUUCCCCAUGCUUCCUCCAUGGCAACACCUCAGCCAACUGGAGAUGACUUGCCAACCAAUCAGCACCCUUUCUCCUGUAAUAUAAAUUGUUGUGAUUGUUUGAGAUUUGGCAUUCUUGUAUUGGUCCUGAUGAAUGUACGAUGAAAGGUUUCAGUAACACGAUUCUCUCUUCAGUGAUUUCAAAUUCUGUAAAACCAAACAAAUAUUCUAGUUAGGUUUUCAAGAUUCAAAUCAGUUGUGCUUAGCUGAAUCACAUUCUUAUUCUCACCUGUUUUUAAAAAUGGCUAAGCUUGUCUACUAUUAGGAGAGUUGGAAGGUGGGAACAGAAGACUAGUGUUAGCUCCAAACCCCAUGGAAUAAUCUGGGAUAGAUUUGAGAGGUGUAUUGGUUCAAGCAGAAAUGAAAUCCUGUAAAUGGCAUCAAUUUGAAUCUUCACAAAAAGGCUAACCCUAACCCAUGCCUAAUGGCUCACCCAACACACUGCACCAAGCUCUGCAGUGGCACAGUGGUUAGCACUGCUGCUCCACAGCACCAGGGAUCUCGGUUCAAUUC